AUGACUCCGCGUAUUGUUUCUGAGCAGUUGGAGACUGCACAUUCCAGAUCAUCUGCCGCACGGAAUUCAGCCUCCCACUCGAGAUCUCUAUCCUCCAACAAGACCGUCACUCCUAUUCCUCCGAGUCUAUUACCCUCCGCACCUGCCUCACCUCCGACUCCGGCCCCUAGCCCGACCCCUCACCAGAGACCUCCAACGUGGCAGUCCUCAGACGAGGAAGAUGAUGCCUUUCUCCUGAAUGCCAGGAUACAUUUUACUUCUUUGUCCAGCGCGAAGAAGCAGAGAUUUUUGGAGGGUGUACUCGGUCUGUGCGAUAGUCAGCUUCUCAGCUUUGUGUCAAGUUAUGUCACUCCACGGUUAAGGAAAGAUCCUUUUCAAGUCUUCCCAACCGAACUUUGCUUGAGGGUUCUCUCAUUCAUCGACGACCCGAAAACCUUGGCGAGAGCCUCUCAGGUUUCAAGACGUUGGCGUGACCUCCUGAGCGACGAUAUUACCUGGAAAAACCUCUGCGAGAAGCACGCUUAUGCUUACCGGAGACCGUCGGGAGAUUUCAUUGACCCCUUCCACCUGCCUUCGGUUUCGAGCACACGCUCCCUGAACGGGCUGCAAAGAAAAGUCUCGAGUUUACAUCCUUCAGAUAAUCCCUUCGAUCUACCGACCCUUGUCAUACAGAUCUCAUUUCAAGCAAAAAUACAUGGUGGAGUCGGCUUGGAACAAAGGGGCCGUUGCACCCAACGGCACAUCACACCAGAUCAAGGUGUCGUCACGAGCUUACAUCUUACCUCUAAAUAUAUCGUACUUGCGCUGGACAACGCCAAAAUUCAUGUAUACGAUACCGAUGGGAACAAUCAGAAAACCUUACAAGGUCAUGUUAUGGGUGUCUGGGCCAUGGUACCGUGGGACGACGUUCUGGUGAGCGGCGGUUGCGACCGGGAGGUCAGAGUCUGGAACAUGGCUACCGGAGCUGGCAUUUACCUUUUACGGGGCCACACAUCGACUGUGCGUUGCUUGAAGAUGUCCGAUAAGAAUACGGCCAUCUCUGGAUCAAGAGAUACCACGCUGCGCAUAUGGGAUUUGACAACAGGCACCUGUCGAAAUGUCCUGGUCGGGCACCAGGCAAGCGUUCGGUGUCUGGCCAUCCACGGAGAUAUCAUUGUUUCUGGAAGCUACGAUACUACCGCUCGAAUUUGGAGCAUAUCGGAAGGACGGUGUCAACGAACACUGUCGGGCCAUUUCAGUCAAAUCUACGCGAUUGCCUUUGACGGCAGGCGAAUCGCUACCGGCAGUCUCGACACCAGCGUCCGAAUCUGGGAUCCGCACUCUGGUCAGUGCCAUGCUAUUCUGCAAGGACAUACAUCCCUUGUCGGGCAAUUGCAGAUGCGAGGCGACACUCUGGUUACUGGCGGAUCUGACGGAUCGGUGCGCGUUUGGUCAUUGACGAAGAUGGCGCCUAUCCAUCGUCUGGCGGCUCAUGACAAUAGCGUGACCAGUCUUCAGUUCGAUAGUUCGCGUAUUGUCAGUGGUGGUAGCGAUGGUCGCGUCAAGGUGUGGAGCUUACAAACAGGCCAGCUCCUCAGAGAGUUGUCCACGCCUGCCGAGUCGGUUUGGAGAGUUGCAUUUGAAGACGAAAAGGCGGUGAUCCUGGCUAACCGGUCGGGUCGGACUGUUAUGGAGGUCUGGACAUUCUCCCCUCCAGAAGAAGAUGAUGAUGGUGCUGUUGUGGAAAGUACCGCCAGCACUCCCGGAUUACGCCCACGCCAACAAAGCAGUCAAGAUGACCUCUCCUUGAAUUGCUCGUCUCGUCCUUCUCGACACCGAACGCUCUUUUCAGAUCCACCUCCGACCAUACCCUUGAACAAUAGCGACGACGACCACCUUAUGCCGGAUGCCCCUGCUUCGUGA